AUGUCGGAGAAUAGUCCAUUUAACCGGAGUGGACUAACACGCCGCAGCCCGCCCUCAACGCCCACGCCGCAGCCCGGCCCGCCCGGGCCCGCACCAGCAAACAUGCAGCAGGAAGAAGAGCCCCCGAAGGUAAUUCCCACGAGUGACAUCCAGACCUGGCUGAAAAAGAUCGAACUGAACCUCCACGACGUAUGCUCUACAUCUGCAGAAGGUAAACUCAACACUGACCAGAAGCUCAGAAUCAACAACCUGUGUCGCAGCGUGAACCACUUAGCCUCACAAAUGGCUAUUGAAUACCAAUCUCUAAAAAGCCACGCAGUCCAAGCAUAUCAGUCUCGCCAAGCGCAUCAGGAAAAGAUGGACCUCGUAAAACGCAUCCAAGAACUAAAGGAAUCAAUUGAGGAAUCCAGCCGACAAGUUUCGGGACCUGUAUCGUUUGCCGACGCCCUUAAGAAAAAUGGAACGAGGUACGUUCAACCAUCUAACAUUAGCUCAGUCGCAAUCUAUCCGGUCGACAAGUUAAAAUCGAGUGAGGAGACAAAAUCUCUCGUUCAAAAGAUUAUCCGGCCCGAAGAAAUGAAGCUGCACGUGAGAGGGUUGCGCAAGAUCAAAAACGGCGGUGUAGUGAUAAGCACUGACUCAAAAGAAGACGUCAUAAAACUGAAGCAAUCGGCGCAGCUUACGACCUCUGGACUCACCGUUGACGAGCCACAAAAACGCAAGCCCAGAAUUGUAGUCAUUGGAGUUCCCGCGGACAUGCAGGAAACUGAAGUCCUCAAGUGCAUUUUCAAUCAAAACUUAGCCGAUAAAUUACAAGAUUGGUCGCUCGAAAAAUUUAUGUCUUCCACUAAGCUCAGUCACAAAUCCGGAAAAAAGGACGCCGAGACCUGUAAUUAUAUAAUUGAAGUUUCUGGAGCGAUACGCAAGGCCUUAAUUACGAACGACAGAGUUUUUGUGAAUUGGUCAUCCUGCCCUGUUAGGGAUUUCACCUUGGUGACGCGCUGUUUCAAAUGUCAGCUUUACAAUCAUGCAGCGAAGACCUGCAAAAUGGAGACCAACAUCUGCGGCCACUGCGGCGAAGCGGGUCACUCAUUCAAGGAAUGCACAAAAAAGGACGAAGCACCAAAAUGUGCAACAUGCUCGCACUACAAGAAACCAUGCAACCACCAAACAGGCGAAGCCGACUGCCCAGCUAGAAAAAUGGCCGAAAAAAGGUAUUUAAACUCUAUAGAUUAUGAAGGCGCCUAGGAGCGCUAACUUUCUACAUACUUAUAUAGCACUUCUUAUUUCAUUAGUUUAACUACCUAUGAACAAUAUCAUAUUUUCUGACCUAGAUAGUUUCUCUGUAUCAGAGUCUAAAGCCUGCGAUGUCGAAACCUGCAAACAACAUGUUCGUCGCUGUCGAAGUCCAUUAUCAAUUUUAACACAAAACAUACGGAGUAUCUGCAAAAACUUCGAUAAUUUUAAUGUAUUUCAACAAAGACUAGAUAUUACUUGUGACAUCAUUGUCUUGACUGAAUGCUGGCUUAGUACUCAUACCAAUCUACCAAAUAUGCCCGGUUACAUUUCGUAUAGCACUAAGUAUAAUUAUAACCAAAAUGACGGGGUAGUAGUUUAUGUAAAAAAUAAUUUAAAUAUCACAGUUGUGGAACCCCAUAUACUAGAUUGCAAUCGGCUCUUAAUUAAAAUCGGAUCAGAUACUGCAGUAUUAGCCUUAUAUAGACCCCCCUCCUUUAGAGAUACCAAUAAUUUUAUCAAGUCCCUGGAUGAAAAUCUAAGUAAACUAACAUCCUUCAAAAAUAUAGUAUUGAUAGGAGAUAUUAAUAUUAACAUUCUAUCUGAAAACAGCGAAUCCUCGCUGACAGCCCAAAGCUAUCUUAACCUGUGUUCUUUCCAUGGCUUACUCCCAGCGCACACGCUUCCUACACAUCAAAGCGGGUCAUGCUUAGAUCAUAUUAUGGUAAAAUCUAAUUCUUCGGCGUUAGCACUUGUUACUAACUCUACAGUGACCGACCACAGAGCUGCCCUACUAACCUUCUAUCGUAAAUCACGUAGUACAUGCACGCGCACGCAAUUUGUCAAUAAAUUAAAUAUAAACAAACUUGGAGAUGAUUUACGCAAUAUUGACUUUGGCCCCGUUUAUAAUUCUGCUGAUGCAGAAAAUAGUAUGCUGUACUUGACCAAAAAUGUCCAGCAAGCAAUUUUACGUAACACUAAUAAGACACGUUUAAAUAGCAAGAAUUUUAACAAAAAACCAUGGAUAACCACGGGACUUCUUCGAUCUAUGAGACACAGGGAUAAACUACACUUGAAAGCUAAAGCAAAUCCAGACAAUCUUAUAUUGCAACUGACGUAUAAAAGAUAUCGUAACUUUUGUACCAACUUACUGAAAAACAUAAAAACAAA